GAGACGGACAGUGAGACAUGUCCUUCGGGCUGGUCCCGAUAAAGCAGAAACAUUCCAAACUGGUAAAGUUAAAACUUAAAACCACCCCACAAGCCACCUUUAUUUUUUUUUUCUGCAUUGCUUCCUUACGUGAAUUAAAAAAAAAAAAAUAACCGUCAUCAUGUAUGAUCUGUAAAUCUCCAUUCCUGGUUUCCUUGAUGUUGGACAUUGGAGCUCGAUUCAAUCAUUAAGAACAGGGUGGAGAAAUUAAGAUAAGGGAUCUCUAGAUGUUACAGAGUAACUCGUUCCUCGCGAGAUGUUUUUGGUUUAUGAGUUAGUAGAUCCUUGGUCUUGGCCUCUUGGGUGUGUUUAAAAAGAGAACCAUCUCAUGGUUGAAGUGGUUCUAUUUAUAUAUAUCCGUUUCUUGGUUUAUGCUCUUUUUGGUUUUAUUUUGUGAGACCUUGUGCGAUAGUCGGUUAUGGGGGGAGACAGGAAAUCGUUUCUUUCUGGAUUUAAUGCUUUCUCUACUGUUUUCAGAGUGACCCAAGACGUGAUUUCAAUGACUGAGUGAGACAUUGAGUUAGACAUUUGGAGGAACUUUUCAAACUUCUUUUCAACUACACUGAUUUAUCUUUGGCACAAAGUUUGUACUUUUCUUUUCUCUGCUCUAAUGAUACGGACCAGGUUCCUCGUUGCCGAAGUAUUGCUAUAUACUCCAUUUUGUAUUUGGGUUUUCUAGCUUUUAAAUUUGCAGUCUUUCUCGUCAUCUAGAUUUCUUAAUUGCAAACCUAGUUUAGAUUCUGGGCUCUUGAAAUGUUUGUGGAUUUCUGCCAUUUUGUGACUUGUGAGACAUCAUAUUCAGGAUUAGAAAGGAGGCAAAAUUAUUUUUGAGCUCUAAUCCCUGGUUCUGAAUCUGGAUAGCUACACAUUUAAGGGUACUAAGGAUGGUUGUAGAGGAAUUUCAAGUAAUUUUGGGAUCUAUAUCACUGGUUUCAUUCUGAAUAUUGUUUGUCGUCUGCAUUUUUUCGUCAACGUUCCAGUAUGGCCGAAUUUAAAGUUGCAAGAGUAGAACAAGGUCACACCAAGAUCAGAAACGUCCCUAUUGCCGUAACACCUGAAGGUUUUUGGUGCUGCCCCUCUCCCGUUGUGUUUCAGAAGACCCUCAAAACUCAAAACACCCAAACUAAGCCCAAACCCUCCCCUCAACCACCCAAAACCUCCGUUCAGAAAAAGCAAACCUCUUUACCUGAGAGAAAACCAACUCCUCCAUCAAGAUCGAGAAUUGUUUCGGAUGAUCAAAGAACUGUUAGCUCUGAUAAUGCUGUCGUUAGUCCACCUGUGGUUAUCGAGAGAGUGCCAAAGCCCAAUACCGAAAAUUUGCAGCGGAAGGUUGCAGUUGCGUUUGGUGAACCCGCAACCAGUGAUUUGAAAGUGGUUUUAUCUGGAAAGCAGGGUGUUUCUGUAACAAUGAGUGCUCACAAGGAUGUGCUUGUGGAAAAUAGCAGUUUCUUUGCUGAUAGGCUUUCUCAACAAGACUCCUCUUUGCCCUGUCUUGAAAUUGGUGACUGCGAGGAUGUGGAGAUUUAUGUGGAAACUGUGGGGUUGAUGUAUUGCAAGGAAUUGAAGCAGAUAAUAAUCAAGCAAAGCAUUUCACGAGUACUUCGUAUUCUCAAGGUUGCAGAAUUUCUUCGCUUCCGCUUGUGCAUAAAGUCAUGUUUGGAAUACUUGGAAGCUGUUCCUUGGGAUGGAGAAGAAGAGGAGAAAGUAGUUUCAUCAGUCUUACGCCUCCGCAAUGAUAGUAUCAGAGUCACCCCUGUAUUGAAAAGGGUGUCUUUGGAUAUCUGCAACCACCCUAAUGACACACUAGCACACAUAAUGGAUCUAGUUCUCAAAAGCAAUGAGGAGAGAGGUCGACGUGAGAUGAAACCCUUAGUACUGAGGCUCCUCAGGGAGAAUAACAACGUUCCCACUAAUGGUGGUUUGGCUGACAUUUGCAGUGAAAAUAUAUACAAUUCAUGCCAAAGCUGCUUAAGUUCAUUGUUGCAUCUUUUCAGGCAAGCUGCAGAACCAGGAUUUACUGAUAAAUCUAUGGAUGGGAAAGGUCCUGUAGUGAAGCAGAUAUCUCUGGAGGCUGAUAAUCUUCUCUGGUUGCUUGAAAUUUUAGCUGAUCGGCAAGCAGCUGAUGAAUUUGCAUUGAUCUGGGCCAGCCAGCAAGAGUUGGCAACCUUGCACUCAAGGCUGCCAGCUGUGUCUCGCCACCUUAUUAGCUGCAUUACAGCGAGGUUAUUUGUGGGAAUAGGAAAAGGGGAGAUCCUUCCAUCUAAGGAUACUAGACUUCUCUUGUUACAGACAUGGUUACAGCCAUUGAUUGAUGACUACAGCUGGUUGCAACAUGGUUGCAGGUCCUUUGACAGGAAGGUGGUGGAGGAAGGAAUGGGGCGGACAAUACUUACUCUCCCUCUGGAAAACCAGCAGAGUAUUUUACUUUCGUGGUUGGGAAGUUUCUUGAAAGCAGGGGACAAUUGUCCCAAUCUUCAGAGGGCCUUUGAGGUAUGGUGGAGGAGGACCUUCAUCAGGCCAUUUGUUGAAACACAGGGAAACCUAGACCAGUCAGAAAAAUCAGAAAACUCAACGACAUCAAAUAUGAAUGUUUUAUCAUAAAAAUCUGCAGGGAUGAUGGAGUUUCUGACAUAAGUUCUAAGAAAUCAUCUCAAAGUAUGAAGAGAGGACCGAAUAAAGUCUUCGAAGAUGGGAAUAGAGAAAGUAAAGGAUAUUAAAUUGUGGUUUGUAAUUCUCUUACAGAAGAGAUAUUAACAUGGAAAAUGACACAUCUGGAGGAGAACCAGAUCUUCCUCUGGUUGUUUGCUUUGUUAACUUCUCCAGAGGACUAAUAUAGAUAGGUGCUUAUUGUGUAAUUUCUUCUGGAUUGGUGCUAAGAGUAGCUAUUAUAUGCAUCUUGAUUUUGUGUUUUUUAUUGAAUCUGUGAAUUCCUUACUGCAAAUGCUUAUAUGUAAAGUCGAGUUUGCUCAGAUGAAUGCUGUAUAAGGUUUUUUUUUUGGUAUCUCACUUCCAUGGCUACUACCUUUUGCAGUGUGAA